AUGCCCUUCGCACAACUCGUGCUGGGCAGCCCCGGCGCGGGCAAGAGCACAUAUUGCGAUGGCAUGCACCAGUUCAUGAGCGCUAUUGGUCGCGAUUGCUCCGUCGUGAACCUCGACCCCGCAAACGACCGCACAAGCUAUCCCUGCGCCUUGGACAUACGGAACCUCGUCACCUUGGAAGAGGUCAUGGCCGACGACUCGCUCGGCCCCAACGGAGGAGUGCUGUACGCCUUUGAAGAGUUGGAGCACAACAUGGAGUGGCUGCAAGAGGGCCUGAAAGAGCUCGGCGACUCCUAUGUCAUAUUUGAUUGCCCCGGACAGGUCGAGUUAUACACACACCACAACUCACUACGCAACAUUUUCUUCAAACUCCAGAAGAUGGGUUACAGGCUCGUCGUCGUUCACCUCUCCGACUCCUUCUGUCUCACGCAGCCCUCCCUCUACAUCUCCAACCUCCUCUUGACUCUUCGCGCAAUGCUGCAAAUGGACCUCCCCCAUAUCAACGUCCUUACCAAGAUCGACAAGAUCGCCGACUACGACAAAUUGCCCUUCAACCUCGAUUUCUAUACCGAGGUACAGGACCUGGACUAUCUAUUGCCGUAUCUCGAAGCGGAACAGCCCUCCACCAGGAGCGGCAAGUUUGCAAGGCUGAACCAGGCAGUCGCGGACUUGGUCGAGAACUUCUCCCUCGUUCGGUUCGAGGUCCUCGCUGUUGAGAACAAGAAGAGCAUAAUGCAUCUGCUGCGUGUCAUCGAUCGGGCGGGCGGUUAUGUAUUCGGUGGCGCUGAGGGAGCAAACGAUACCGUCUGGCAGCUGGCCAUGCGCAACGAGUCCUCCAUGCUCGAGGUCGCAGACAUCCAGGAGCGAUGGGUAGAUGCCAAGGAGGCAUAUGACGAGGCCGAGCAAAAGGAGGAUGAAACGCAGGCAGCUAGGCUAGGUCACACAGGUACAGGCGCGACAACGCCGGACCUUGUCGCGGAUGACGGCGAGGAUGACGAGUACGACGGGUUUCCUCCUCCGCCUCCGGGAGAUGGUGGCGUAAAGAUAGUGAGAAGAAACCCAUGA